AUGAAUUUCCUUGAGCUAUGUGCAACGUUUAAGUUUAAUGGGGUGAGCGAUGAUGCAAUAAGGCUGAGAUUGUUCCCUUUUUCACUAAGGGACAGGGCAAAAAGUUGGCUUAUUUCUCUACAGGCCAACUCAAUCAAUACAUGGGAGGAACUAGCUCAGAAGUUUCUCUCAAAGUUUUUUCCUCCUACAAAAGCUGCUAAGUUGAGGGGAGAAAUCAAUAACUUCUAUCAGAAUGAGGGAGAGUCAUUGUACGAUGCAUGGGAAAGAUUCAAAGACCUGCUCAGGAAAUGCCCUCAUCACGGUAUAGAGAAGUGGAUGUUAGUCCACAAUUUUUAUAAUGGGCUUUGCGGUACUACUCGCACUAUAAUAGAUGCAGUAGCAGGUGGUGCUUUCAUGAGUAAAGGGGCUGAUGAGAGAAAAGUAGCUGGGGUACAUGAAUUAGAUGAUAUCACUCCUUUAACUGCUCAGGUUGCUUCAUUGACAAAGCAGUUGCAACAAAACAAGAUCUCAGCUCAAGUCCAGGCUAUACAGAUGCAAUCAGGGUGUGAAUUAUGUGGAGGGCCUCAUUUGUAUGAACAGUGUACAGCGGCCAACAUGUAUGGUAAUAUGCCAGUUAAUCAGGCUCAGGUACAGGCAGUUGGUAAUUUUCAGAGGCCUUAUCAGAAUCCGUUCGCCAAUACUUAUAAUCAUGGGUGGAGAAAUCACCCAAAUUUCUCUUGGAGAAACAAUCAGGGCCAACAGUCACAGUUUCAAGGGCCAUACCAGCAAAACAUGUCACAACAGCCUAUGAAUCAAGCCUCAUCGUCACACCAGCCUAGACCGCAAGAUCAACCAGAAAAGCCUAAUGAGUUGCAAGCAGCCUUACCGCAAGGGAAUUUUCCUAGUAAUACCGUGGUAAAUCCUAAAGAGAACUGUCAAGCAAUUUCAUUGAGGAAUGGUAAGCAAGUGGAGCAGCCCAGUGUACAAAAGUCAGUGGUUCAGAAUGAAGAGUUGAGUGAGAAAUCAGAUACAAAAGCGAAUGGGGUUACUGAAGACCACCAGGGUUCAAACAAGUGUCCUCCCUUUGUUGAUAGUCAGCCACUUCAAGCAUUAGAGCAGAUGCCUAGUUAUGUCAAAUUUAUGAAAGAGAUUUUGUCAAAGAAAAGAAAGAUGGAGGAGUAUGAGACGGUGGCAGUCACUGAAGAACGACUGGGUUUGGGUGAGGCAAGACCGACAACCGUCACUCUACAACUAGCAGAUCGAUCGGAGGAUAUGGAUGUACCAAUCAUUCUGGGCAGGCCAUUUUUAGCUACUGGGCAGGCUUUGAUUGAUGUUCAGAAAGGUGAGCUGACAUUGCGAGUUCAGGACGAAGAAGUAGUAUUCAACGUGUUUAAGGCCUUAAAGUUUGCAAAUGUCAAUGACAGCUGUUUCAAAGUUGACAUAGUAGAGAAAGCGGUGGCAGAAAUUCAUCUUACAGAGGAUUCACUUCAGAAGAGCUUGACAAUUGGGGAUAUAUCAUUUAUGACUGCAAGUUCCAAAGAACCAUAA